AUGGCUUCCAUCAACAACAGAGAGACGCUGGUACAGGUGGCUGGCGACCGGGCGGCGGUGGUCGAGGGCGUGCGUGGCUGGCUUGCGCAGGCGGCUCAGAAGGCAACAGCGGCCGGACGGCCGUUCCAUGUGGCCGUCUCGGGCGGCGGGCAGCCUGCGCUGCUGGCCGAGGUGGUGGCGAGCGGUGGCGAUACGCUGGCGCUCGACGACUGGCAGGUCUGGCUGGUUGAUGAGCGAGUGGUGACAACCGAGUCGGAGCACUCGACGGCGGCGGGUCUUGCCGAUCUGCUCGCCGCCCUCCCACCCGGCGCCGGGCACAUGCUCGACCCGACGGUGGUCAGGGCCGCCAUAAGCGCAGACUACGCACCCGAGACCCUCGCCGCGGUGGCAGCCAGCUACGCGGCGGCCAUCGAGGCGGCACUCCCGGCGACCGACGGCGUGCCGGUCUUUGACGCUAUCCUCCUCGGUCUCGGCCCCGACGGCCACACCGCGAGCCUCUUCCCUGACUCGACGCUACUCGCCGAUCCGGCGCCACCGAUCGUGCAGUACACCGAUUGCUCGCCCAAGCCGCCGCCGCAGCGCGUGACUCUCUCGCUCCCAGUCAUCAACGCUGCCGCGGCUGUGUGCUUCAUCGCCACCGGCGCGUCCAAGGCCGACGUCCUGCCGACGCUUGUCGGCACCUCCAAGCUCCCGCCGUCGCCAGCGCUGCCAGCAUCGCUCGUCGCCCCGCCAGCCGGGCUCACCUGGUUCGUCGACGAGCCGGCUGCAGCAAGGCUUGUGUAA